CUCCUCCUGUGCUAAAGCUUUGAAUUAGGGUUUAGGGUUUUUUCUCUCUAUUUCUCUCUCUCAGUUUUUCCCAAAUCCAAAAAUUGAAAUGGCUUCAGUGAAGAGAAAAUCCAUUGAAAGCCAACAAGAGGACCAUCCUCUUCUUCCUCCACAGAAGCAACUCAGAGAAGAUCACAGCAACAACAAUAGUAGCAGUUCGAAGAUUAUUGGGCAUGGCGAAGCAGUUGCGUGUCUGCACGACGUGUCGUAUCCAGAGAAUUAUGUCCGUCCUUCUUCAGUUACUCAAAUUCAAAAGGACUCAAAACCCGCAAAGGAAUUUCCUUUCACUCUCGACCCUUUUCAGUCUGAAGCCAUCAGUUGCCUUGACAGUGGCCAAUCUGUGAUGGUCUCAGCUCAUACAUCAGCUGGGAAAACAGUAGUAGCAUUAUAUGCAAUAGCUAUGUCUUUGAAGAAUCAACAAAGGGUUGUUUACACGUCACCCAUCAAAGCACUUAGCAAUCAGAAGUUUAGGGAGUUCAAGGAGGAGUUUUCUGAUGUUGGUCUCAUGACCGGUGAUGUUACCAUUGACCCUAAUGCUUCUUGCUUGGUGAUGACUACGGAAAUUUGGCGAAGUAUGCAGUAUAAAGGGUCGGAAACUACCAGGGAAGUAGCUUGGAUUAUCUUUGAUGAGGUUCAUUAUAUGCGUGAUCGAGAAAGAGGUGUGGUUUGGGAAGAAAGCAUUCUCAUGGCUCCCAAGAAUGCUAGAUUUGUCUUCCUUUCUGCCACUGUUCCUAAUGCCAAAGAAUUUGCUGAUUGGGUUGCAAAGGUCCACCAACAACCAUGUCACAUUGUUUAUACUGAUUAUCGACCAACACCCCUCCAACACUAUAUUUUUCCCUCUGGAGGUGAGGGUUUGUACCUGGUGGUGGAUGAAAAGGCAAAAUUUCGAGAGGACAGCUUUCAGAAAGCGGUAAAUGCAUUAGUUCCUAAGGCUGAAGGUGAAAAGAAAAGGGAGAACGGGAAAUGGCAGAAAGGCUUAAAUGUGAGCAGACUUGGUGAAGAAAGUGACAUAUUUAAAAUGGUAAAAAUGAUCAUUCGCCGCCAGUACGAUCCUGUCAUUCUUUUCUCAUUUAGCAAAAGAGAGUGUGAAUUUCUUGCCAUGCAGAUGGCAAAAAUGGAUCUAAAUCAGGAUGAUGAGAAAGCUAACAUAGAAACAAUCUUUUGGAGUGCCAUGGACAUGCUAUCAGAUGAUGACAAGAAGCUACCUCAGGUUUCAAAUAUGUUACCCCUCUUAAAACGAGGUAUUGGUGUGCAUCAUUCUGGCUUGCUUCCCAUCCUGAAGGAAGUGAUUGAGAUUUUGUUUCAAGAAGGGCUGAUCAAGUGUUUGUUUGCUACAGAGACAUUCAGCAUAGGUUUGAACAUGCCUGCCAAAACUGUGGUAUUUACAAAUGUCCGUAAAUUUGAUGGGGACAAAUUCAGGUGGCUAUCUAGUGGAGAAUAUAUACAAAUGAGUGGCCGGGCUGGCCGUCGAGGAAUCGAUGAUCGUGGGGUAUGCAUCCUUAUGGUGGAUGAGAAGCUUGAGCCUUCAACUGCUAAGAUGAUGCUUAAAGGAAGUGCUGAUAGUUUGAACAGUGCCUUCCAUCUAAGCUACAACAUGCUUUUAAAUCAAAUGCGCUGUGAAGAUGGCGAUCUUGAAAAUUUGCUCCGCAAUUCUUUCUUUCAGUUUCAAGCAGACAGGGCCCUUCCUGAUCUUGAGAAACAAGCAAAAGUCCAUGAAGAAGAGAGGAAUUCAAUGGUAAUUGAAGAGGAAGAAAAUCUGAAGAAUUAUUAUGAUCUGAUACAGCAGUAUAAAAGUUUGAAGAAGGAUGUUCGUGAUAUUGUGUUUUCUCCAAAGCACUGCCUGUCCUAUCUGCAGUCUGGCAGACUAGUGUGUAUCCAGUGCACAGAAAGUGAUGACAAGUCCCCUUCUUUCUUGAUUGAAGACCUAGUCACAUGGGGAGUGAUAGUCAAUUUUGAUCGAGUGAAAGGUGUUUCAGAUGUAGUUGAUGUAGAUGAUGCAAUUAGAAAACCAGAAAAUGCAAAUUACACCGUGGAUGUUCUUACAAGAUGUGUUGUGACCAAAGAUGGAGUUGCCAAGAAAAAAAUCAAGGUUGUCCCAUUGAAAGAGCCUGGAGAACCUCUCAUUGUUUCUAUUCCUAUUGAUCAGAUAAAUAUUUUGAGCAGUGCUCGCUUGUAUAUGUCAAAGGAUCUUUUGCCAUUAGAAGUUCGAGAGAACACCCUGAAGCAGGUUUCAGAAUUUCUUUCUAGAAAACCUAGUGGGUUGCCCUUGGAUCCUGAAGGAGACAUGAAUAUUCAAAGCAGCUCAUACAAAAAGGCAGUUCGUCGGAUAGAGGCUUUAGAGCACCUGUUUGAAAAACAUGAAAUUGCAAAAUCUCCACUUAUCAAGGAAAAGCUCAAAGUCUUACACACCAAGCAAGAAUUAACAGCCAGGAUCAAGUUAAUCAGGAAAUCAAUGCGCUCUUCCACAGCAUUGGCUUUUAAAGAUGAACUUAAAGCUAGAAAACGAGUUCUUCGGAGGCUUGGGUAUAUCACGAGUGACGAUGUUGUGGAGUUGAAGGGGAAAGUCGCUUGUGAAAUUAGUAGUGCAGAUGAGUUGACUUUGACAGAGCUCAUGUUCAAUGGGGUUCUCAAGGACAUAAAAGUGGAGGAAAUGGUCUCUCUUCUCUCAUGCUUUGUGUGGCAGGAAAAACUCCAAGAUGCUGCAAAACCAAGGGAAGAACUUGACUUGCUUUUUACACAAUUACAAGAUACAGCUCGAAGGGUUGCCAAACUUCAGCUUGAAUGCAAGGUACAAAUUGAUGUGGAGAAUUUUGUGAGUUCAUUUCGGCCUGAUAUCAUGGAGGCUGUGUAUGCCUGGGCAAAAGGAUCCAAGUUCUAUGAGAUCAUGGAAAUUACUAAGGUUUUUGAGGGCAGCUUGAUCAGGGCAAUUAGGAGACUAGAGGAAGUUCUUCAACAGCUUAUAGAAGCUGCAAAGUCCAUUGGUGAGACAGAGCUAGAGGCCAAAUUUGAAGAGGCUGUUUCUAAAAUCAAGAGAGACAUUGUUUUUGCAGCAUCACUAUACUUGUAGUGGAAGAUUUUGGCUUCACUGUGAGCGGGAUAAACUGAGGGGAAAACUGGAAGGAUCAGUUUUUCCCAUGGAGUCAAAAUUUCUUUAUGAUGCACCCAGACAGGAGGGAAAAGAUCUUUAUUGUUAUGAAAGCAAACUAAUCUCCAAUAGAUGCACGUGGGAAGGCUGCGUUGAAGAGGGGAAUAAAGAUGGCUGAAGAAUUCAACUGUGCAGUCUCAUGUUUCCAAUGCACAUGCUUCUCGGAGGUGUCAUGCUCCUCCUGAUCUUGUGCAUCAGUAUUGUGAUGACAAGAGUGCCAUUUGGAGAAGGAAAGAUGAAAUGAAACAACCAAGUUGUAGCUCUCAUAUCCUGAACCAGGAAUUUUGAGCCUUUGUUGGCUAAUCUUCAACCCUUUUUUUUUUAUUUAUCUCAUGGAGCACAGUAGGUGUACUAUAUAGGUAGUCAAUCGGCAGUUUUGUUUUUAACCUGCACUUCUCAAUUUUGCUAUGAACUCAUGGUUCAUGGAAUAGAAUUGACUGCCUACUAAGACAUCCUUUAGUUAGGGGAUCGUUGAUUAAAAUAUGAAUGCAUCAGUUAUGAUUAAGCUUGAUACCA